AUGAACCAUAACCCAAUUGAAACUUGCCAAUGCGUCAUCAUCUACCGAAAAUCAUGGCACAGCAGUAAUACGUACUCAUCAUCCUGUGGUCACCCGGCCUUCCAGAUCUUGUGUAGCGACGACGGCAGCGUGGCUGCCUUGAGGAGCUCCGCCAUCCACGUCCUCGGCAUCGACUACGCCAACAACUCCUUCAUCGUCUCCCACACCAGGGUCUCCGCCGUCAACGGCGUGUGCCGCACCGACUUCAACAUGUCGUCCAGCAUCGCGCUCAGCCCGUUCACGAUUAGCCGCCGGAACCGGGCCCUGUGCUUCCUCUACAACUGCAACGGCACGGAACCGCACGGGCGCGGUUACGUGAACGUCACCUCCAACUGCAGUACUCCCAUUUUCGCGUACCUCGGGGGGAGCUACUACUGGGACAGCCCACCGCCGAUCGCGACGGGCCGGUGCUCGUACACGUACAUGCCUGUGCUCAGGGCGGAGGCGGCGGUCAUGACGGCGGCCAGCUACACCCGGCUCCUGAAGGACGGGUUCGUCCUGGAGUGGGAGACGGAUACCAUCGGCAACUGCGCCGCCUGCAUCGCGACCGGCGGGGAGUGCCGGUACGACAACGACGCCGUGGCAUUCGCGUGCCUCUGCCCCGACGGUAGGCUGCGAGCGCGAGCGGGGUCGACAUGCGCCGGUGAGUCCAUUUGCAUCAUGCGGCGUGGCGUUCAUGCCCAAUUGAGGCGGUGACAUUGACUUAGUUGGCAGCAUUGUGGUGCUCCCAUUGACCACGUAGUGCCAUAAUCAUUUUCCUUGGGUAAACGCGUUCGGUCCAUUUCUUCUUACCUUCCGGUUCCGGGGCCUCAACAGUGUUCUCCGCGGAAACAAGAGGGUGGGCUCACCUUCACCUGCUUCAUUAUCUAGCUUUCGCGUGUCCCCUUCAUAGGUCCCAUGCGACUUAAAAGACUUGGACCUAGCCAACUCUGGCGAACCUCCAGGCUCCCGCACAGCCACGACAGUUGCUUCUAAAAUGAAAAUCUAGAACAAUCAACCAAAAUUUGUACUUCUGUUUUUUUAUUAAAAAAAGAGAAAGACGAAUUCUGAUGGUCUUGGAAAUCUAAAUGGUCAAAAUAUAACAUCUCACUAUUUUAAGACAAAAUUAACAUAUACUUUAAUUUCAGUAGGAACUAGGCCCCGAGUUCAUUUGGAAAAAAAGAAUCAAAUUAGAUGGACCACUGGGGGGGGGG